AUGCCUUUAACUAAAGGUGCUAGAGGGCGCACAAAGGAGCCAAUCCACUUCGUCAAUGCCCGUCCGACCUCGGAAAAUGAGAAGCUGAGGAUACAGCGGCUGGUGCGGGCGCAUGUGGGAAAAUGGAUUUCCGACCAAACAAAGGAUCGUUCGUCGGCAGGAGAAUCGUCGGACUCGAAUUCGAAUCGCGAGGAGACCUGCGAUCCCGCGUCGCAGAUUUUUGAAAUCGAUACUGAAGAAACGUUAUUUCCUUCAUCCUCCUCGCCGUCGGCCGGGUCGUCGCGCGAGUCUCCCGAGUCUACUAUCUCUCGCAGUCUGUCCCUCUCCAUCCAGUCCGCUUCCCACGUCCCGCUUCCACCGAUAGCUUCCUCUCACACCUACGAACGGCGAGAAGAUGACACCGAAGGCCAUUGUGAGUACAGUCCAUGUCAGGCGGUGGUGGAUGCUACUCGAGAAUGUACUCGUUCUCCGGGCCAAGAAAAUGGCCCUCUGGUUAGCUACACCAUCGCGGCCAUAGGCAGUAACGCGUUCGAUCCUUUUCAUACCUACCCGUCACAUUAUACCCCCGAAGUCGUUCAUGCGUGUGAAAGAUACUGCAUCGAUGUUCUCUGGCCCAAGCUGACCCCCCCAACUCCCGGAGACCGCGACGUUUCUGCCACGAAAAACUGGCUUCCCCUGUCAUUGUCGGAUCCUGUUCUGUUCACUGCCAUUUUAUUUGGUUCGCUAUCACACCAGCGUUGCCGAUGGGUCAACAAGCAGACUCCGGAUGGGUCAUUCAGCCCUCGCGAUCAGCGACUCCUAGAGCAAUGUGAAUAUGAAACUAUCAAGCUGGUCAACAAGGCUUUCAGUGAUCCGGAUCAAAAUCGCAUUCUCAGCGAUUCUAUCAUACUAAGUGUCGUUUGCAUGGCUCACAACAUCGCGGAUGACAACGAUCGCCGGCGACAUCGCCCCAUCCCAUUCAAGCCGCCCUUGACGCAGCUGCAAUGGCUCGACGUGUACGCAAGCUUGCCACCAAAUCUUGUCCACCUGCGGGGCUUGACCGAGUUGAUCAAAUUACGGGGCGGCUUGAAGAAUAUCAAGCUGCCAGGAUUAGCCACGACUGUAGCGUUUUCCGCGAUUUUGACCGCAAGCUAUCUGCUUUCGCAGCCUACGUUUGAAUACAUCCCGUUCCAUGAGCCGCGACAAGGCCUCACGUUACAAGAGCUGCUAGGAUACACCUCCCUUGACGUGGAGCUCGGGUUCGGCCGGCUGUGUCAGAUCGGCUUUACCCCAGAAAUGGCGGACGUUUUCCAAGCACUAAGAGUCUACACAAACAUCAUCAUCGAUCACAUCAAGGUCUCCCAUCCGAACCCCGACCUUUCUCUCCUCUGCGACCAGCGCAAUCUCGUCCAGUACCACCUUCUCAACCUCCCCUCCGCCCGCCAUCUUCCCACCUGGUUCCCCACCCCCCAUCAUCAAACCAUCUACGAAACCUGCCGUCUCGCCGCCCUCAUCUACGCCGUCGGCGUCACCUUCCCCCUCCCAUUCCAAUGCUCGCCUCUCCCCCGUCUCGCAAACCUCCUCCAAGAAACCCUACAGCAGACCCCCGACGCAACCCCCCUCUGGACCCACCCGAACGCACAAAUCGCCCUCCUCUGGGCCCUCACCCUCGGCGGCAUCGCGGCCGAGAACCGCCCAGAACGGGCCUGGUUCGUACAUACCCUCGCCCAAGCGGCUUCCAGUAAUGGGAUCUACUUCUGGCCGAAGCUGAAGAGCGUCCUGGAGUUCAUGCUCUGGUAUGAUGCUGCGUGUGACGAGGCGGGGUAUUCCCUCUGGCUGGAAGUCGCGGGGCUUUUGUGA